ACAGCAGAUAGGCCUUCAAUACUGAGGCUGAAUCUUAUCCACUCGUAUUUGCCUCUCUACUUACCUUUUUCAGCUUUCAAUUCCAAACUUGAUAAACCUCGUUACAAUAUUUAUUCAAGACACCUUAAUUCUCCAUUAAUUUGACCUCUAAUUCACUCUUUUGAAGUGAGUUUCCAUGGCUUCAGUCUCAGCUUCUUGUCUUCGGUUCCAGCCCGCUGUACUCCUCCGCUCCAACAACACUAGCCUGAGAACAAAUUUAAAUGUGGUUUCGAUGAACUUGGCAAACAAAGGCUUCCCUUCUUUAAAAGCCUCCCGUUUCCGCAUUUCCUGCGCGGCUAAAGCAGAGACAGUGGAGAAAGUUUGUGGUAUUGUUACUAAACAAUUGGCUUUGGCUCCUGAGAUCAAGCUCACCCCUGAAUCUAAAUUCUCUGAACUUGGUGCUGAUUCCCUCGACACUGUGGAGAUAUUGAUGGCUUUCGAGGAAGAAUUUGAGAUUAGUGUGGAAGAGGACAGUGCUCAGAACAUAACAACAGUCCAAGAAGCAGCUGAUUUGAUUGAGAAACUCGUUCAAACUAAAACUGAAGCUGCAGCCUGAUGAGUUUAUUAAAAUCAAUUGGAUUUCCCCAUUUGUUUUAGGAUUACUAGAUUGAUUGAAUUUCAAGUUUUGUUUAUUUAUUGAUUGAGUAAUCAGUUUGGGGUAAUGCUCAAGUUAAUUAUGUGCCAAAGAAUCAUGCAGUUGCCUAGGCCUAAAGUAUCCGAGUUAUUAUGGCUCUUGACUUCAUCUCUAAGUUGCAUGUGCUUGCUGGUCGGCAAACUGAAUUCAUUCUCUUUGUAUUUCCAGAUAAUGAAAUUGCACGCUAGGCCGAGGUUCGUUUGCCAGUUUUAAA